CUUGACAUCGGUUACAGGACUGAACAACAAUGAAUAUCAGAUAUCAAGGGGCAAGGAGCUAAAUCGGUUGGCAGGGUUGAGUGAAUCUUGCAACUUUGUGAAGGCUGACUUUAUGCAGAUGCCAUUCUAUGAUAAUACUUUUGAUGCAAUUUAUGCAAUAGAGGCAACAUGUCAUGCACCUGAUGCGGUUGGUUGCUAUAAGGAGAUAUAUAGAGUGCUGAAGCCUGGCCAGUGUUUCGCUGCCUAUGAAUGGUGCAUUACGGAUCACUUUGAUGCUAACAAUGAAAGCCACAAGAAAACUAAGGCUGACAUUGAGCUUGGUAAUGGCCUUCCAGAUAUCCGCACAACAACCCAAUGCCUUGAUGCUCUGAAGCUUGCAGGAUUCGAGAUUGUAUGGGAGAGAGAUCUUGCAGAAGAUUCCACUGUGCCAUGGUAUUUGCCCUUGGAUACAAGUCGGAUAUCCAUUACUAGCUUUCGGUUGACAGGAUUGGGACGUCUCAUUACCAAAACUAUGGUUAAGGCACUAGAGUAUGUUGGUCUUGCUCCGGAAGGAAGCGAGAGAGUCUCUUCAUUCCUAGAGAAGGCUGCUGAAGGGCUUGUAGAUGGUGGCAAGAAAGAGAUUUUUACGCCAAUGUACUUCUUUUUGGCCCGUAAGCCUCUUUCCGAAUGAUGAAGGAAGAGAAGGAAGUUUCAGGUUUUAUUCAGUGAGAAGUCGCGGGAUAUUUUGCUAGAUUUUGAAGUUUGUGGGGGAGUUCACCUUGCUAAGCAUAUGUUUGUUGGUUACUACGAUAUCUGUGAUUGCUGGUUCAAAAUUUUUGCCGGUGUGUAGGAGUGUGAGAAACUCUAUUUCAUUCGUUCUGUUGAAGGCAUUAUAUUUCGUGCCAUGUGGUAUGUGAUGUUUCGGCUUUUUGUAGAUUCUUAUUUCUGGUCAUAAUUUAUCAGUUUACUCUCAUGUUUUGUUGGUU